AUGGAGACGUCCGCCUCAGCCACUGCCGUGGACAAGCAAGAAGCCAAAAGUGGGAUCCUGGACGGUACCAGUUUCCCCGACCCGGGCAAAAAGGCCUCUCCUCUUGCGGUGGCCGCAGCGGCAGCAGCUGUAGCUGCCCAAGGAGUGCCGCAGCACCUCUUGCCACCGUUCCAUGCGCCCUUACCAAUUGACAUGCGCCACCAGGAAGGAAGGUACCAUUACGAGCCUCACUCUGUCCACAGCGUGCAUGGGCCUCCCACCCUGAGUGGCAGCCCUGUCAUCUCUGACAUCUCCCUGAUCCGGCUUUCCCCACACCCUGCUGGCCCUGGAGAGUCCCCCUUCAAUGCCCCCCACCCAUACGUGAACCCCCACAUGGAGCACUACCUCCGUUCCGUGCACAGCAGCCCCACGCUCUCCAUGAUCUCUGCAGCCAGGGGCCUCAGCCCCGCUGAUGUGGCCCAUGAGCACCUUAAGGAGAGGGGACUGUUUGGCCUGCCUGCUCCAGGCGCCAACCCCUCAGACUAUUACCACCAGAUGACGCUCAUGGCAGGCCACCCUGCACCGUACGGGGACCUGCUGAUGCAGGGCGGGGGUGCCACCAGCACUCCCCAUCUCCAUGACUACCUCAACCCAGUGGAUGUGUCACGUUUCUCCAGCCCACGGGUGACCCCCCGCCUGAGCCGCAAGCGGGCAUUGUCCAUCUCCCCACUCUCAGAUGCCAGCCUUGACUUGCAGCGCAUGAUCCGGACCUCGCCCAACUCUCUGGUGGCCUACAUCAACAACUCUCGCAGCAGCUCGGCAGCCAGUGGCUCCUACGGGCACCUGUCAGCAGGUGCCCUCAGCCCAGCCUUCACCUUCCCGCACCCCAUCAACCCCAUGGCCUACCAGCAGAUCCUGAGCCAACAGAGGGGCCUGGGCUCAGCCUUCGGACACACGCCACCCCUGAUCCAGCCCUCACCCACCUUCCUGGCCCAGCAGCCCAUAGCCCUCACCUCCAUCAAUGCCACUCCCACCCAGCUCAGCAGCAGCAGCAACUGUCUGAGCGAUGCCAACCAGAACAAGCAGAACAGCGAGUCCGCCGUGAGCAGCACUGUCAACCCCAUCACCAUUCACAAGCGCAGCAAGGUCAAGACGGAGGCCGAGGGCUUGCGGCCAGCCUCCCCCUUGGCGCUGACGCAGGGAGAAGCAUGUGGACACAGCUUACAUGGUUGUGUUCUUUUCUCCCAGGAGCAGUUGGCUGAUCUCAAGGAAGACCUGGACAGGGAUGACUGUAAGCAGGAGGCCGAGGUGGUCAUCUACGAGACCAAUUGCCACUGGGAAGACUGCACUAAGGAGUACGACACCCAGGAGCAGCUGGUGCACCACAUCAACAACGAGCACAUCCACGGGGAGAAGAAGGAGUUCGUGUGCCGCUGGCAGGCCUGCACGCGGGAGCAGAAACCCUUCAAGGCGCAGUACAUGCUGGUGGUGCACAUGCGGCGGCACACAGGCGAGAAGCCCCACAAGUGCACGUUCGAGGGCUGCUCGAAGGCCUACUCUCGCCUGGAGAACCUGAAGACGCACCUGCGCUCCCACACCGGGGAGAAGCCCUACGUAUGUGAGCACGAGGGCUGCAACAAGGCCUUCUCCAAUGCCUCGGACCGAGCCAAGCACCAGAACCGCACCCACUCCAAUGAGAAACCCUAUAUCUGCAAGAUCCCUGGCUGCACCAAGCGGUACACGGACCCCAGCUCUCUCCGGAAGCACGUGAAAACGGUCCAUGGCCCAGAUGCACAUGUCACCAAGAAGCAACGCAAUGACAUGCACCUCCGUGCCCCACUGCUCAAGGAGAAUGGGGACAAUGAGACCAAUGCUGAACCUGGCGGCCGGGGGUCUGAGGAGAAUGCUGAGGCCAGCAGCACCAGCCAGGCCAUGGAGGACUGCCUGCACAUCAAAGCCAUCAAGACCGAGAGCUCCGGGCUGUGUCAGUCCAGCCCCGGUGCCCAGUCAUCCUGCAGCAGUGAGCCCUCUCCCCUGGGCAGUGCCCCCAACAAUGACAGUGGCGUGGAGAUGCCGGGGACGGGGCCCGGGAGCCUGGGAGACCUGACAGCGCUGGAUGACACUCCCCCAGGGGCCGAUGCCUCAGCCCUGGCUGCCCCCGCAGCUGGUGGCCUGCAGCUGCGCAAACACAUGACCGCCAUGCACCGGUUCGAGCAGCUCAAGAAGGAGAAGCUCAAGUCACUCAAGGAUUCCUGCUCAUGGGCUGGGCCAGCUCCACACACCCGGAACACCAAGCUGCCUCCCCUCCCGGGAAGUGGCUCCAUCCUGGAAAACUUCAGCGGUAGUGGGGGUGGCGGGCCGACAGGGCUGCUGCCCAACCCGCGGCUGUCUGAGCUGUCGGCGAGCGAAGUGACCAUGCUGAGCCAGCUGCAGGAGCGCCGGGACAGCUCAACCAGCACGGUCAGCUCGGCCUACACCGUGAGCCGCCGCUCCUCCGGCAUCUCCCCCUACUUCUCCAGCCGCCGCUCCAGCGAGGCCUCGCCCCUGGGCGCCGGCCGCCCGCACAACGCCAGCUCCGCUGACUCCUACGACCCCAUCUCCACCGAUGCGUCGCGGCGCUCGAGCGAGGCCAGCCAGUGCAGCGGCGGCGGCUCGGGGCUGCUCAACCUCACGCCGGCGCAGCAGUACAGCCUGCGGGCCAAGUACGCCGCGGCCACCGGCGGCCCGCCGCCCACGCCGCUGCCUGGCCUGGAGCGCAUGAGCCUGCGGACCAGGCUGGCGCUGCUGGACGCGCCCGAGCGCGCGCUGCCCGGGGCCUGCCCACGCCCGCUGGGGCCGCGGCGAGGCAGCGACGGGCCGGCCUACGGCCACGGCCAUGGCUACGCGGGGGCGGCGCCCACCUUCCCCCACGAGGCUCCAGGCAGCGGCGCGCGGCGGGCCAGCGACCCCGUGCGGAGGCCCGACGCCCUGGCUCUGCCGCGGGUGCAGCGCUUCCUCAGCGCCCACAACGUGAACCCGGGCUCGCUGCCACCCUGCGCGGAGAGGAGAGGCCUUCGCCUGCAGAGCCACCUAAGCGCCGACGGCAGCCUGGCCCGCGGCGCCUACUCGCCCCGGCCGCCCAGCAUCAGCGAGAAUAUGGUGAUGGAGGCCGUGGCGGCAGGCGUGGGCGGCGCGGGGCCGGAGGCCGACCUGGGGCUGCCCGAGGACGACCUGGUGCUGCCCGACGACGUGGUACAGUACAUCAAGGCUCACGCCCGUGGCACUCUGGAUGAGAGCGCUGGGCAGGGAUAUCCCACGGAAAGCACCGGCUUCUCUGACCACUCCAAACUGUCCAGCCCAGGACUGCACGGCCAGCGCAGGCUGGCGGCUGCGGACUCCAACGUGGGCCCUUCUGCUUCUGUGCUGGGAGGCAGCCAGCUGGGCUAUGGGGUACCCUCCAGUCUGAACAAAAGUAACAUGCCCGUGCAGUGGAAUGAGGUGAGUUCCGGCACCGUGGAUGCCCUGGCCAGCCAGACAAAGCCUCUACCCUUUCCUCAGGGCAACCUGGCCGUGGUGCAGCAGAAGCCAGCCUUUGGUCAGUACCCGGGCUACAGUCCACAAGGCCUGCAGCCGAGCCCCAGGGGACUGGACAGCACCCAGCCACACCUUCAGCCCCGCGGUGGAGCCCCCUCCGCACCCAGGGUAAACUACAUGCAGCAGAUGCAGCAGCCAGCAACAGGUGGCCAGUGUCCCAGCAUGACCACCGCUGCGAGCCCCCACCCCACCUAUGGCCAAGCCCACCCCCAGCUGAGCCCCAGCACUGUCAGUGGUGCCCUGAACCCGUUCCCCACAUCCUGCAGCAACAUGGCAGCCAAGUCAGGCCACCUGGGGCUCCCUCAGCAAAUGGAAGUUGCCCCCAACCCCACCAUGAUGGGGAGCCGCCACAGGGAACUCGGGGUCCCCAAUUCAGCCCAGAGCUACCCACAGCAGAGCCAUCACCUGGUGGCCCCCAUGAGCCAGGAGGGCUACCACCAGGUGGCUAGCCUUCUGCCUUCCCACCAGCCUGGCUUCAUGGAGCCUCAGCAGGGUGCAGUGGGGGAGGCUGCAUCAAGCUUUGGCCUGGUGCAACCCCGGCCACCUCUCGAGCCCAAUCCUGCUGGUUGCCACCGUGGGGUGCGUGCUGGGCAGCAGCAGCUAGCCUAUGCCAGAGCCACUGGCCAUGCCAUGGCUGCUGUGCCAGCCAACCAGGAGACAGCAGGGGCUGUACCCAAGGGAGCGAUGGGCACUAUGGUGUCAUUGCCCCCACAGCUGCCCCUGCAGGAUGUGGGUGGGGCCCAGGACCACAGUAUGCUCUACUACUAUGGCCAGAUCCACAUGUACGAACAGAACAGAGGCCUGGAGAACCACGCAGGCUGCCAGGUCAUGCGGCCCCAGCCACCACAGCCACAGGCCUGCCCGGACAGUAUGCAGCCCCAGCCCUUGCCCUCACCAGGGGUCAACCAGGUGUCCAGCACUGUGGACUCCCAGCUCCUGGAGGCACCCCAGAUUGACUUCGACGCUAUCAUGGAUGAUGGCGAUCACUCGAGCCUGUUCUCAGGUGCGCUGAGCCCCAGCCUCCUCCACAGCCUCUCCCAGAGCUCUUCCCGCCUCACCACCCCCCGCAACUCCCUGACCCUGCCCUCCAUCCCCACGGGCAUCAGCAACAUGGCUGUCGGGGACAUGAGCUCCAUGCUCACCAGCCUGGCGGAGGAGAGCAAGUUCCUGAACAUGAUGACCUAA